UCCGCACCAGCUACAGUCAUAUCGUCCACUCCUUUUAUUCGGCUGUUAUUCUUUCCGUAUUGUCGUAACAUAUUAUUAAAAAUAAAAUCUACCGGGACCAGUUGGAAACGAUGGUAAAAACUAUUAACAAAACGUCAAGAUAUUUAAGACGGACGGGACCUCGAUCGUUGGUUUGGAGUUGAUCGAGAUUUAUUGAGCGCCGUUUAAAUGUGUGGAGCCGCUUGCUCGUUGGUUUUAUUUAUUAACAGCGAACUGACUUGAAACCAGUUUGGAUUGUGGAGAUAGGAAAUCGGAUAUACGUUAAAUAAAUGUCUUCAGACAGGAGGAGAGACAGCCGGAUUUGGGACUGGGACAGCCCGCAGUGUCGGGCCCAGCUGGACGAGGUCUUUUUCCGCCAGCAUGACUACAUCCAGGCUGGGAGUCCUGAACACAAGGAGUUCUGGGCUUUCUUCGACCGCUUCCAGAGGUUCAAAACGAAGAGGGACAUGUCCGGCUCUGGAGGCAGCCGAAGAGAAGACAGGGACGAAGGAAAGGACAAGAGAAAGUGUGGAAAGGUAGAUCUUGGCCUUCCCACAGACUAUGAUGCUCGUUACAGGAUCAAUGUGUCCGUGUGCACCAGGGACAUCGAGGAGCGCUUGGGGAAGUCGGAGCACAGGAGCAGACAGAGAUCUUCAGGCCCAGGUUCUCAGGAGAUCUCAGACUGCCGCCUGGCUCUCUUGCACUUCCUGGACUUCAGCCAGAGACAGAGUUUUGGCAAACUGGCCAAGCUUCGCCGGGAGCAGAAAAAUCUGCCCAUCUUCCAGUAUCGUGAUCGAAUCGUGGAGCUGGUUCGACGUCACUCUGUGGUCGUGGUGGCAGGAGACACGGGCUGUGGAAAAUCUACGCAAGUGCCUCAGUAUCUUCUCUCUGCCGGCUUCAACCAGGUGGCCUGCACUCAGCCGCGGCGUAUCGCCUGCAUAUCCCUCGCAAAGAGGGUCAGCUUUGAGAGUCUCAAUCAGUACGGCUCGAAGGUGGGGUAUCAGAUCCGUUUCGAGACCACCCGGACCACCUCCACCAAGCUGCUGUUCCUGACUGAGGGGCUGCUGCUCCGACAGAUCCAGCAAGACGGGACGCUGUCUCAGUACGAGGUGCUGAUCGUGGACGAGGUCCACGAGAGACACCUCCACUGUGACUUUCUUCUCGGGGUGCUGCGUACUCUGCUGGCGGACCGCCCGGACCUGCGCCUCGUUCUCAUGUCGGCUACCAUCAACAUCAAACUCUUUUCCGACUAUUUCAGUAGCGCUCCUGUCCUGCAGGUGCCGGGCAGGCUGUUUCCUAUUCAGGUGAUAUAUCAGCCCAUUCCACCUGAGGAGCAAGCCUCACGUUCAGAGAAACUGGAUCCCAGGCCGUAUCUGCGCAUCCUGCAAGGGAUCGAUCAGCGUUACCCCCCAGAGGAACGCGGCGACCUGCUCCUCUUUCUCAGCGGCGUGGCGGAAAUCUCCACCAUCCAGGAGGCCUGUCAGGUUUAUGCCACGCACACGCGUCGCUGGAUAGUUCUGCCGCUCCACAGCACCCUCUCACUCGCUCAGCAGGAUAAGGUGUUUGACAUUGCUCCUCCCGGGGUGAGGAAGUGCAUCAUUUCAACCAAUAUCGCUGAGACUUCGGUUACAAUAGAUGGAGUGCGCUUUGUUGUGGACUCAGGAAAAGUAAAAGAAAUGAGUUUCGAUCCUAAGGCCAAGAUGCAACGUCUCCAAGAGUUCUGGAUCAGCCGAGCCAGCUCGGAGCAGAGGAAGGGUCGAGCGGGUCGCACAGGUCCCGGUGUGUGUUAUCGCCUCUACGCAGAGUCCGACUACGAUGCCUUCGCGCCUUAUCCUGUACCUGAAAUCCACAGAGUAGCACUGGACUCCCUCAUUCUCCAAAUGAAGAGCAUGUGCCUCGGAGAUCCACUUUCUUUUGUCUUUAUUGAUCCACCUCCCACUGCUAGUAUCCAGACUGCAGUUACUUAUCUGAAGGAACAAGGAGCCCUAGACAGUUGUGGGGAACUGACCUCUAUUGGUAGUUUGCUGUCACAGCUGCCUGUUGAUGUCGUCAUAGGGAAGAUGCUGGUGCUGGGGUCUUUGUUUAACCUGGUGGAGCCCGUGUUGACGGUGGCGGCCGCCCUGAGCGUUCAGUCACCUUUCCUGCGCAGCUCGCAACAGAACCCAGACUGCGCCACUGCCCGCCAGCCCCUGCACAGCAACCAGGGAGACCCCUUUACCUUGCUCAACACCUUCAACGCCUGGGUGGAGGUGAAGGGAGAGAGAGGCGGUGGCUCAAGGAAGUGGUGCAGGAGGAGGGGCCUAGAGGAGCAGAGACUGUAUGAGAUGGUCAACCUACGCAGACAGUUCAAGGAUUUGCUGAAGAGCCAUGGUCUGAUAGAAUCAGAGGGGAGUGGUGCUCCUUCCGGUGGCGACCGCGGGAAGCGCAGGGAGCGGCUGACGGAGAGGAGGAAGCUGCAUCAGCUGAAGAGAGAUCACGAGCAGCAAGAGGGGAGCAAGCGUAAAAUCCUGAGGCUGGAGGAGGGCCACGAUGGGGAGUUCUCCUCGGGUUCUGACACGGAGCAAACAAGGAAGGGCAAGAAGGACAAGGAGGAAUCAGGAAAAAACCUGGACAUACAGGAGGUGAAGUUCAAGUUGCGUCACAACGUGUCAGAGCUGCAGGAGGCGGUCAAUCAGGACUUGUCGUCCCGCCAGCAGUCUUUGCUCAAGCUGCUGCUUUGCCGAGGUCUCUACCCUCAGCUGGCACUGCCGGAUGAACACAACUCCACCCGCAAAGACUCUGAGCAGGUGUUUCACACAAAGAAUAAACAUGGAGUGGUGAUCCACCCGACCAGUGUGUUCGCCACUGACCCGGAGGUGCUGCAUGUACCUGAGGAUGAGACCAGAGAAACAGGGCCUGAGAGGAAGGACAGCAGCAGACACCAGCUGCUAGCCUUCGUCACUCUGCUGGAGACCAACAAGCCGUAUUUGUCCAACUGCGUGCGGGUUCCAGCGCUGCAGGCCCUGCUGCUCGUGGCAAACUCCGUGGACACCAACGCCGACUGUACUCGACUGGUGGUGGACGGCUGGCUGGAGCUGGAGCUGCGGGAGCCAGAGGAGGCCCUGAAGGUGUUGUCCACCGCUCUUACUCUGAGGGCCGAGUGGGAGCGCCUGCUGCUGGCCCAGCUGGGACAGAGCUCGACCGCAGGAGCGGAGGGGAAGGGGGUGUCCCGCAGAGUCAUGGAGAAGCUGAGCGAAGGCCUGGUCCGCUUCCUCCUCUACACCGAGAUCAGUUACAGCCUACGGCGACUCACCGCUUUCCAGACCCAGAACAUGUAUGUCGGCCCUCAGCCCGAGUCUGAGUUGUCUCACACUAAAGCUCCAGAUCUAAGCCUCCUGUUUCCAGGAGCUGAGGCCAAGCCCGACCCUAUUAAAGGAGGCCUGCGCGUCACCAGCUUCUUCACCUACAACUGUCUGGCUGAUUCAAAGGACCUCUACAGCGAGUGUUUGCGCACUUUCUGGACCUGCCCUAACUGUGGCCUGUACAUGCCUCUGACUCCGCUGGAGCGCAUGCAACACGAAGCUUCCUGCAGGCCAGCCGGAGAGGAGGAGCAGCAGCAGUCAGAGGAAGGGCCGGAAGGUGGAAAGGCAGGAUCCUCCUCGGUGUCUAGUCUUUCCAGAGUUUAUCACUGUGACGUCUGUGAUAAAGACCUGACCCUCACCUCCACCGAGAUCCUCAAACAUAAAAGGCAGCACAUGCAUUCUGCCGCAUAACGGACACCAUCAGAUGGAGGACGGACACUAAUCCCAAUUUAUCUUUUCUGUAGUGAAAAGGAUCAUUUUGUAGAAUAAAAACAUUUUUUUUUUAUGUAA